CCCUUCGGCCCGGCCACGCGGUCACGUGACGUUCCCCCGCCUGACGAGAUUUUCGAGCGGAACUCCAGUCAGGCUGAUCGAGCCAACAUGGCGCUCACCACCGCCGCCUCGGCCAUGACAAGAUCCGGCCUCCUGGAGGUCUACGUCCGCGACCGCUGGUGCCGCGUCCUCGUGUCUUUAGAGGAGGAAACCCUGACAAUCAGUCUAGAGGAUUCCGUGGGCGGCGGCGACCAGAACGGCGACGCCAUCCGGAAUUCCGAGUUCGACCACGACCAGCUCCCGGAGUCGAUCGCCAACCACAAACGUGUGGUGAAGGUGAUCAAGCAGGACGUCGGCGGCCUGGGGAUCUCCAUCAAGGGCGGGAAAGAAAACAAGAUGCCCAUCCUCAUCUCCAAGAUCUUCAAGGGGCUCGCGGCGGACCAGACGGAGAGUCUAUACGUCGGGGAUGCCAUCCUGUCGGUCAACGGGGAGGACCUGCGAGACGCGACGCACGAUGAGGCCGUACGCGCUCUCAAGAGGGCCGGCAAGGAGGUCGUUUUGGAAGUAAAAUAUCUUCGGGAAGUGACGCCGUACUUCAGACGCAGCACCGUGAUCGGGGAGGUGGGCUGGGAGAACGCGUCCCCGUACGUCAUCAAGGAGCCCGGCGCGGACAACAAGGCCUCCACGAACAAUUUUACCGAGAUGAAAACCAUCCCGCUGAAGAUGUGCUACGUCACCCGCAACCUGACCAUGCCGGAUCCCGAGCAGCGCACGUUCGAGCUGCACUCCCCCGACGGACGCAGCUCGUGCAUCCUGAGGUGUCAGGACGCCAGCAGCGCGAGCCAGUGGUUCGCGGCGAUACACGCCAAUACCUCAAUGCUCACGGCGUCGGCCAUGGCGGAGGCCAACAGCAAGCUGGUGAGCGGGAGGGGGUCGGCCGGGGACAGGGAGAUUAAACACAUGGGAUGGCUCUGUGAACAGGCCCAUGGGGAGGGUGGCAGUUCCACCUGGAAACCAGUGUUUGCCGCCUUGACACCGACAGACCUGCUGUUGUACGAUACAGUUCCCUGGAGUCGGGAGGAGUGGGCCAUCCCUGUGCAAAGCCACCCGCUGUUGGCAACAAGGUGCUCUGCGUAUUUUGACUCCAGGGUGGGCCACACGGGAACCACGCCCUCCCGGUCACCAGGCGGGGCAGCCUCGGGGAGAGAUCUGGCUUUUGGGACAAGAACGGGAUCCAGACAAGGCAUUGAGGCUCACCUGUUCAGAGUGGAGACCCAGCGUGACCUGGCCGCCUGGACCCGGCUUAUCGUCCAGCUGUGUCACCAGGCUGCUGAGGACAUGAAGGAGGUCGUACAAGCAUGUUUCUGGCAGGGGAGGGAGUGUAAGUUGAUGGUUCACUACGAGAGUGGGUUCACGCUCAUGGACAACUCCAAUCCCAGCGACUCGGAGUCGGAGGUCCUGUGGAACUUCCCGUUCGAGCGCAUGCGGAUGUCGGCAGACGACGGGGUGGGACGGCUCUGGCUGGACUUCGGAGGGGCCGAGGGGGAACAGCAAUUGGACAUGUGCACAGGCCCUAAGCCAAUCGUCUUCAUCAUCCACAACUUUCUGUCUGCCAAGGUCACCAGGAUGGGGCUCUUCGCAUGACCUUGACCCUUCCAGCAGAGGUCGGGAUUUGUGGGGGGGGGGGAGAAAAAUAUGCACCAACCACCCCUGUUCGGGAGUGGUUCGAUCUGUGCCAUGACGCUUUAGAAAAGCCGGUAAAUUUGGACAAGUCAACAGGUUCUGCAGAUUAGGUUUUGAGAGAAUAGUUCUCAGAAGUUCAUUUGUUGACAGUGCUAUACUUUCUGCCAUUCAAUUAGAAUCAACUCAUAUUCAAGUUCAUCAUCAUAGCAUUCUUGAAAAAAAUAAUAGGGUUGUGAAUAUGAUUCAAGAUGGUGACUGCUGUUUCUGGAUAAUUGGUUCAAGGUUAAUAUUUGAAAUUGUAGUAAAAUAGUUCAUGAAUUCAAGUGGGAAAGUUAUAAUAUUCAGGGGUUCUGGUACUAGUGGGAAUUUUGUUCUAAAUUGUUCGCAUUUGAAUUGAUUAACCUUUGCAAUGUAAUAUGAUAUGGCUGGCUUCAUAAGCCAUUUCACAGUUCCGAGUGCUCAUGUGCGUU